AUGAGUGUGGCUACACCUGCUGCCAGGCGCCUGCUCUGCAGGUCUCUGGCAGCCAACUCCGCCAAAACAUCCGCACGCGCCACCGCCGCCGCUCCGGGAUCGCUAUGCCAACAACGCGGCUUCAGCGCCUCGACGCCCGUGGCAGCGAGGAAGAGGUCGCAGUUCAAGAGCGUCAAGGCUGAGAACAUGGGGCCCACUACCCCUGAGGAAAUGAGGAAAUUCAGAGACGAGCAGUUUCCCGAUUACGAUGAAACCGAUCUCAAGUCACUCAAGAAGAAAUAUACCCCGGAGCAGCUCAGCGCAGUGCAGCUGGGCGAAGAGAUCAUCGAUACGGAUGAUUUGGCGGCGCAGGGUAGGAUACGGAACGACCCGUACAAAUUCGAAUACCUCGAAGACUUCUCGAAAGUGCGCCAAGUUGUCGACAAGCGCGUUAAGACCUACCGACCAGUCGAUACUACCGCAAAGUUCAUGACACCGGACGAGUUCGGCGACGACUUUGUCGAGUUUGUGCGCCAGUUGAACGAAAAGCGUGGUGUUUCGCACGACAUAACCUACGAGCAGGCGCUCCACAUGUACGAGGACAUGCGAUCCAAGAUGCUGAACAGCAAUCCCGAGGACGCCCUGUCGACGGUCGAUCUUGCCCAAGCCUUGGACAGAGUAGUUGGGGAGACAGAGACAGCACGGGACGGUGCCCUGAAAGAUCUGGCAGCAGGCAGAGACAGCAACGACCCAGAGGAGAUUUCGGAUUUGGAGGCAUACAAAUAUCUUAUGGAGCACAACUCGAUGACCGGGUUCGACGGCGGCGACACCUCCCUGGCCCCCGACCUGCCAUCCAAGGUCCCUGGUGUGGCGGGUAACUACAAGCAGCAGAUGGACGAGUCUGACGAGAGUUUGGAUCCCGAAGGCAGAUACCAGGAGCUGAAGAAGAAGACGGGCAUGAGCAUCCGCGAGAUCCUCGACAUCUUCAGCAAACAGACAAAGAUCCUAGUACGCAGGUUCGUUUCCAAUCAGACGCGUCUGGGGAAGAUCCGCAGCACCUACAUCCUCGCGAUGGCGGGCAACGGAAACGGGCGUCUGGGCAUUGGCGAGGCGAAGUCUGUGGACCCAGAAAUUUCUACCAUGAAGGCGAAGCUAUUGGCUAUUCAAAACAUGGUGCCCAUCCGGAGAUACGAGAACAGGACAAUUUACGGCAACGUAGAGGCUAAGGUUGGAGGCACAAUUGUUCAGAUGUACACGCGGCCACCUGGGUUUGGUCUCCGUGUCUCCCACCGCAUGUUCGAGAUUGCCCGUCUUGCGGGUAUCUCGGACCUUUCCGUGAGGAUGCCUCGCUCCCGCAACCCCAUGAAUUCUGUCAAGGCCUGCUUCCAGGCUCUGACGAACCAGCCCGACCCAGAACUUAUUGCGCUUGGCAGAGGCAAGAAGCUGGUCGAUGCGCGGAAGGUGUACUAUGGUGGUGCUGUACAUUAG